AUGGUGAUUUUACAACAUAUAUUGUUUUAUUUCAUGUUUUUAUUGGCUUUGAUUAUAUAUGAUAAGGAAUAUGUUUUUUUUGUAAACUCUUUGAGUAAUGAUAAAAAUAAAAAUCUUAAUACUUUAAAUGCAAAUAAUGAUGAGGACAAUUUUAGUGGCACGUUUUCAUUUUCUGAUGAGCUGGUAAAUUCCAUUUCAAAGACCUUGAAAAGGGUUCCUCUUGGAGUGCUGAAGAAAAAAGUAACAAUAGAACUUGAUAAAGUUGCAAAAGAUCUUAAUUUGCCAAAUCCUGAUGAAGAAACAUGUGACAUUAAUUAUUCAGAAUUAUGCCCAGAAGGAUGGAUAAAUUUUGGGGAUGGAAAAAAUUGUUUAAGUCCAAGUAAUUAUAUUGGAUCAUGUGAAAAAAAAGUAUCGUUUGAAAAUAGUACAGCUAUUAGUAAAUAUGAGUUUUCAUUAAAAUGUAAUGUAUCAUGGCCUUGUAUAGGAAAAUGUGUUGAAGACUUUACAAAAGAAUGUCCUGAAAAUUGGAUUUUAAAAAAAAAGAAUAUUUGCUAUGCUCCUAAAGAUUAUAAAGAUAUAUGUGUAAAAGAAAAAAGUUUUAUUAAUUUUUCUAAGUCUGAAAAAAAAAUAUGGGGAGAUAUAUGUAAUGUUAAUUGGCCUUGUUAUGAAAAAAAUUAUAAUUUAUUAUGUCCAUUAAAUUGGGAAAAAAGUCCAGACAAUAAAAGUUGUAUAGGACCUGAAUCUUAUAUAGGUCCAUGUAAAAAUAUUUUAUAUUUAAAUAAUUUAAAUAAAAAUGAAAAAAUAUUAUUAAAAAAUAAAUGUAAUAUUGAAUGGCCAAUUAAUCAAAAUGAUGAACAAAAUUUUGAUUCAUUUUUAUGUCCAACAGGAUGGAAAUUAUCACAAGUAAAUAAUUCAAUUUGUAUUGCCCCUAAAGAAUAUGAAGGUCCAUGUGAUAAACAAAUUUCUUUAUCUAUGUUUAGUAAAGAAGAGAAAUAUAAUUUUUCGAAAAAUUGUCUUGUUCAUUGGCCAUAUAUACAAAGUACGAAAAAAAAAAAUAGUAACCAAAAUUUUAAAUUACCAUGUCCUGAUAAUUGGAAUUUGGUGAAUGAAAAAGAAAAUAUUUGUAGUGCCCCAAAAGAUUAUACAGGACCAUGUCAUAAUAUUGUCUCUUUUAAAAGUUAUACUAAAGACAUGAAAGAAGCUUGGGCAUAUGCCUGCAAAGUCAAUUUUUCAUAUGGUAAUCUACAAUAUGAGGAAAGUCAAAAAGGGAGAAAAAAUCAAAAAAUAUAUGGAAUAAAUAAUAGUAACAAUAGUAUAAAUAUCCCAUCAAUUAAUAAUGGGCCUUUUGGUCCUUCAGGAUCUAUAUAUGAAGGACUAAUUUUAGAUGCAGAUAAUGGAAUUGAAUAUGCUAAAAAUGAUAUUAACAAAUCAAAAAAUAAUAUUAUUGUACAAGACUUUGACAAUAUCGAUAGUGAAAAUUUUAUUAUUACAGAUGAAAAAAUUAAAGAUCUUAUAUUAUUAAAAGAAUCAACUGAAAAUGAAAAUUUGAAACAAACUAUUGAUGAAACAAUAAAACAGCUAAGAAAAAAAUAUACUCUUUAUGGGGAACUAAAAUAA